AUUACUGUGCUUUUUAUCUGUUGUAACACAAGCCAAAUUAUCUUCAUUUUUCACUAUCUUACCCAUCUAAAAGAUAUCAUAAGCAAAGACUGGAAGUGAGCACUGCAAAAUGAAGAAGGCUUUAUUUGUUGGAGGUUCCAAGUCCCAUGGAAUCUCCUUCUCUAAUGACAUGUCAACCCAUAAUUUAUACCCAAGAAGGCUUAAAGACCAGCAAUCUUUCCAUUCUACCUCAAGGACAUCAGGAAGAUGUAGAUUCCUUCAUGAAACAGCCUGGGAAUGAGACUGCAGACACAGUACUAAAGAAGCUGGAUGAACAGUAUCAGAAGUAUAAGUUUAUGGAACUCAACCUUGCACAAAAGAAAAGGAGGCUGAAAAGUCAGAUUCCUGAAAUUAAGCAGACUUUGGAAAUUCUAAAAUAUAUGCAGAAGAAAAAAGAGUCCACCAAUUCAAUGGAGACCAGAUUCUUACUGGCAGAUAACCUGUACUGUAAAGCUUCGGUUCCUCCUACUGAUAAAGUGUGCCUAUGGUUGGGGGCUAACGUAAUGCUUGAAUAUGAUAUUGAUGAAGCUCAGGCAUUGUUGGAAAAGAAUUUAUCUACUGCCACAAAGAAUCUUGAUUCUCUUGAGGAAGACCUUGACUUUCUUCGAGAUCAAUUUACUACUACAGAAGUCAAUAUGGCCAGGGUUUAUAAUUGGGAUGUAAAAAGAAGAAACAAAGAUGAUUCUACCAAGAACAAAGCAUAAUGCUGACAAUUAAAAGUGUGGUUCAGUUUUCCAAACAUGUUAUUUUAUGUACCCCAGCAUUUAUCCUUAAAGAUUGUCAUUACUUUGAUUUUUAACAGCAAGAAUGAUUAAAACUUUAAAAAUGAUAAAUAUUUUAUUCAUUUAUAAAAACACAAUUUGUUUCAAUAUGAAAUUAACAGUAUUUUUUUCAUACUUCCCAGCAAAAUUAAUGUUACUGUCAUUAUUUUUUUGUCUGUCAUAAGAUAAUUCUUAACUGAAAUGGCCGAAAACUGUGAGGUAUGCUAUGGAGACUGAAUGCUGGGCAGUUAGUUUACUUUUUCUUUAUUCAUUGCUGUGACUUUCAUUUGAUACAGUAAGCUAUUUUAGCAAUAGGAAAGACAGACAGUUUCAAUAUUUGUAAACUUGUUUUUCUUUAGUACUUACAGGACAUUAUAUUCUUUGUUGUUGUUUUCUGUAUAUGGGGUUUCAUUAAUUUUACUGGUCAGCCAAUACCUAUUAGGAUAAUCUGCACUUUCCAGAAAAUAGUAAUUUGCCUUCCUCCAUAGUAAGAGGUCUACUGAGACAAUACUUUUAACUCCAAAUAAGUGCAUAGUGUCUUUGCAAUGCCAGUAUAAGGGAGACCUUGGCCAAUGUGCGGUAAUAUUUCCCAUUCGAAAUCCUCAGCUAAGGUGAUUUUAUAUUUCUUACUAGUUCUCCAAACAUCUUGAACAGGAGUAUUAAGAUAAAUGUAACUCUGCAGUGGUUAAAAAGAAUUGUGGGCCUUUUUAUUCAUGAUAAAACUUGUUAGAAAUAAAAAAAAAUCUCUGUGGAAAGCCACUGAUAACUGUGGCAAAAGUACUGAGUGGUAUAGAUUCUGAUAAAAUUCAAAUGUGUUAGUCCAUCUCCAUGUAGUAAAAAGUAAACUAGUACAAUGUUUUGUACUUGUAUUUAACUAACAUUAUUAAAACAGUGAUGUUG